AUGUCUUCGUCUCCAGUCGAUCGAAUGUCUGGUGCAUCAACACCGACACUUCUCGCCAUGUCUUCAUCGGUAACGAAUCGAUUACAUGAAGAACUGAACGGUUUAAAACGUUGGCGGCAAAUGUAUGAUUCUGCUAUGAAUGAAAAAAACGAAGAAGUGCAAAAACUUCAGUUGAUUAAUCAACGACAAUCACAAGCAUUAAAUGAUUCCAUUGUACAAAUUGAACAGCAAACUAUGACAAUCAAUUCAAUGAAACAAAACGAAGUUUUAUUAGAGAAAAAAGUUACCAAAUUGGAAGAGUUCCAUUAUAUAUUGAAAAAGAAUGUUGCUAAAUUGGAGAAAAAUGUUUCACAAUGUGAAUUUGUUCGUGUUGAUCUUGAACGAAUGUACGAAAACCAGGAUCGAAAUGUCAAACUACUUGCUGAUCGUGUCGACUCGACAAUCGAAAUGAAAUUACAAAAUUUGCAAUCCCAAUUGAAAUUAGUUGAACAGCUUUAUCAACAAGCGCGUCAGGAACUUGACAAACACAUUCAUGAACGAACACAAGAAAAGUCACAAGCAACAACUCAGAUUGUUGAAUUAACUUCGAAAAUCUCCACGACUGAAACUGAAAUCAAUCGAUUACAAAUUUCAAAUGCAGAUGCACAAUCGAAAUGCUUUGAGCUAACAGAAGAAAUCAACAAAUAUCAACAGAUGUUCGAAACAUUAACAUUCGAGAAUGACGCUAAACUUGCGUCGAAAGAUGAACAAAUUGAAAAUUUACAAAAACGAAUUGAUACGUUAGUACUAAAGAUUGACGAUAGCAAAGAAGAGAUUUUUAAUCUACAAGAAUCGAAUAAAAAUUUACAGAAUCGACUAGAUGAAAUGAAACAAAAAACCGUCGAACAUACGGAAUAUCAUGAAACUCAAGUUCAAGCACGACAAGCUGAAAUAACCAUUCGAGAGCGUGAAAAUGAACAAUUACAAUUGAAAAAUGAUCUUUUGGUCGAACAAUUAGUCUAUGGCGAAAAACAAAUCGAAGAGCUUAAAGAGAAGAACCAAUCAUUACAAAAGCAAAUUGAUGAAAUGAACCAGAACUUGAAGAAACAGUUGAUCGAAACACAUGAGCAACUAGAAAAACAAAUUGGAGAUUAUGCUCAACAAUCGUUGGAAUAUGAUAAUCGAUUGGAAGAAAAGAUCAAUGAAAUUAACGCGAAGAACAAACUUUAUGAUGAAUUAUCGAUGAAAUAUCAAGAAUUAUUAGCAAAAACAGAAGAGACAGAAGAAGAAAUAACACAAUUGACAAAAGAAAAUGAAGAAUUACGAGCACAGAAUCAUGUUUUACUUCAAGAAACCGAUGAACACGCGGAGCAAAUCAAACGAAAAGAUGUUAUUGUCGAAGCUACCAAUAUCGAAAUAGGUGAAAAAGAAAAAGAAAUUGAAGAAAUAAAAGCAAAACUAGCUUUAGUCGAAGAACGUCUUUCAAAAAAUCAAAAUUUACUAACAUCAUUACGUUCAUCCAUGGGUGAAAAAGAUGCAAAAAUUAAACGUCUUGAACAAAGUACUGUCGCUUCUCAACCAUCACGAGCGACAGCUGUACGUCGAACUGGUAUCAAUCAUCCUCUGGCAACACAACUCAAACCAACAACAGCAGCAGCAGCUCCUAUUCGACCACCUCUACCGCCGCUCCCGACAACAGUCAAUCAACAAACAAAAGCGAAUUCCCGAGAAAAACGAAUGUUGCCACCACCAGCAGCGAAUGAGUUGACAUCAACGCCCAAGAAAAUGCGUCGACUUAGUCAAACAAAAGCAGCCAUUGACCAAGCUCAUGUUCUUGAACAAUCAGUUUCACCUGUACUUGAUGAUGAUCGAGAUGAAAUCGCCUCAAAUACCAGUGUAGCGUUUCUUCUUCACCCAAAAGUAACCAUGAGUGGAAACGAAGACGAUAGCGAUGCAAUCGAUGACGAUUGCUAUGAUACAUUCUUCGAUGAUACAGAUCCAUUUCAAGAUGAUAAUAAUAAUAAUUAUACGACUAAUGUCAAUACCAAUGAUCCUGAACAGUUCGAAUAUACUGUGAGCACGUUGAAAGAAGUACAAGCGCGCUUUGAACCAUCGAUUUUCUCCAAUUCAUACAUUCAUAUGUCAUCGGCUCAAGCGACAUGUUUGAUAUGUUUUAAAAGUCAAACUAAUUUUCAAUCGCUGAUAUGUAAUCAUGCUUUUUGCCAUGAUUGCUGGUCGCAGUACAUCGACACAAAAUUCCAAUCGAACCAUUGUUUAAAUAUUGAGUGUAUGAAGUGCGAUGUUCGAAUUCCGCAAAAUUUCGUGCUGGAACAUCUAUCGUCAGAUAAUUUAAAAGAACUGUAUAAAAAACUGACUAUUAAAUCGAUGAUUCAAAAAAAUCCACAAAUGACACUGUGUUCUGGUUCAUGCGAACGAGUAUUCGAAGCCAUUGACAAACCUAUACCAGGCAAAGUCGAGUGUGAAUUGUGCCAUCUAAAGUUUUGUUUUCAAUGUUCUUUAAACUACCACGCACCUGCCAGUUGUGAUAUCAUGAGAAAUUGGUUAAAUAAAUGUCGAGACGAUUCCGAAACAGCGAAUUACAUAUCAGCAAACACAAAAGAUUGCCCGAAAUGCAAAGUGUGUAUUGAAAAGAACGGUGGAUGUAAUCAUAUGUCAUGUUCCUCAUGUAAUCAUCACUUUUGUUGGAUGUGUCUUGGAGAUUGGAAAACUCAUGAGAAUAAUUACUAUGAAUGUUCAAAAUACCGUGGACAACCUCAAUCUCAAUUGGAAACCAAACAAAGCCGAGCGCGUGAAGCUUUAAAAAAAUAUUUACAUUAUUUCGAACGAUGGGACAAUCAUCAGCGAAGUUUAAAGUUAGAAGAACAAACAAGAGCGAGACUACUCGACAAAGUUGAACAGAAUAUCAACGCGCAAAAUGGAACAUAUAUCGAUUGGCAAUACUUAGAAAAAGCAGCUGAUUCGCUUGCAAAAGCUCGAUAUACCCUCAUGUACACUUACCCCUAUGCUUACUAUCAAGAAGAUACUGUCGACCGGAAUCUUUUUGAGAACAUUCAAGCACAAUUGGAAGUCGAAAUCGAAAAUUUAUCCUAUCAAAUCGAACGUUCAACGAAUCAUAAUCGAGGUGAUAUUGAAAAUCAACGACAUAUUGUCGAACGACGACGACAAACAUUACUUUUUAAAUAUUUUCCUAAAUCAAACUCGUAG